AUGACCUUGAGGGGUGAAGAAUUAAUUUCCCCAGGGAAGGGAUUCAUCGAUCAAGUAAUGAAACAAAAUGUAUCAGCGCUAUUUGGUCCACCCUGUCCUGAGGAGGCUGAAUCUUUUUGUGUAUUUGAAAUGACAUCUUUUCACUUGAUUUCAGAUAUAUCUCUGCUGGUCCUGCUGGUGGUUUUGCCUGUGUUAGGAGUGGCAGCAGUGGCUUUGAUCACUUUGCUGACUCUACAGAAGACCCAUCUACAGUCUCGCCUGGAUGAGUCCAGCUGGUGGCUUAUCAACUACAAUGAAAUAACUAUCCUCAGAGAGCCCAAAGGAACACAAACACUGUCUGUAAGCACAACACCAAGCAAAUGUGGAAGUGGUGGCUCUCAAUCCAUGCUCUCCUCAAACAGCUGUAGUAAUAGAGAAGCCAUCUACGCUACUAUUGGACUCUAUCAGGGAAACGAAGUGGGCAUAAAGUAUUUGAAAAAUCAAAUGAUUACUGAUAUCAAGAAACCAUUGAUCAUUGCAGAGUUCAACACGGUGAAAGAAAUGAAACACGAGAACCUAGUACAGUUCUUCGGUGUGUGCAUUGAGCCACCAAAUGUCUGUAUCGUUAUGCAGUACUGCAAGAAAGGAAGCUUGAAGGAUGUUCUUGGGAACAGUGAAAUUGAUCUGGACUGGAUGUUCAAAUUGUCCUUUGCUUAUGACAUUGUUAAUGGCAUGGAGUACAUACAUAAGAGCAGUCUGAAGUCUCAUGGAAAUCUGAGGCCCAGUACGUGUCUGGUGGAUAGCAGGCUGCAGAUCAAACUCUCUGGCUUUGGCCUGUGGGAGUUCAAACAUGGUACCAAACACAAAAUGAUCCCACUGGAGAAUCCAAAUUAUGAAGAGAUGUACUACACUGCUCCUGAGUUUUUGAGAGAGGUCUACUGCCCUUUCAAUGGAACCCAGAAAGGAGAUGUCUUUAGCUUUGCCAUAAUCAUGCGAGAGCUGAUAUACAAUACAGAGGUGGGCCCAUAUCAUGAUGUUCAUCUGGAACCAAAAGAGAUUAUCAAGCAGUUAAGGACUCCAAUGAGCGAUGAGCCCCUUAGACCAACCUUGUCUGCUGACAUCUGUGAUGAACGUCUCAUCCCUUUGCUAAAAGCCUGCUGGAGUGAGAACCCAGACCACAGACCCCCAUUCGUCAGUAUCAGGAGACAACUACGUCAGGCAUGUCCUGAAAGCCAUGUUAACAUCCUAGACAACAUGGUGAGCAAACUGGAGAAAUAUGCCAAUCAUCUGGAAGAAGUCGUGGAAGAAAGAACAAAUCAGCUCACAGCAGAAAAGAGCAGAGCUGAUAAGCUUCUAUCUAGCAUGCUGCCAAAGUAUAUUGCUGAUCAGUUAAUGUCUGGAAAACCAGUGGAGCCCAAAAGUUAUGACAUGGUGACCAUUUUCUUCUCUGACAUUGUGGGUUUCACCACCAUGUGCUCCAUUAGCUCGGCUCUGGAGGUGGUCACACUCCUCAAUGACCUCUACAGUCUUUUCGAUGAGAUCAUCAAGCUAUACGAUGUCUACAAGGUGGAGACUAUAGGGGAUGCAUAUAUGGUGGCCAGUGGACUGCCUAUCAGUAACGGUACUCGUCAUGCUGAGGAGAUCUCAACUAUUGCACUCCACUUCCUAUUCGCCAUCAAAAGGUUCAAAAUUAGGCAUCUGCCUAAUGAAAAAUUGGCCUUACGGAUUGGGAUCAAUUCUGAAGAGUGGGGAAGUUCUGGCGAGGAGCCCGAAGCCCUUCCCCCUUCUCAACCUGUGAGGCCAAGACCGGACGCCGAGCUCAUCUGUGUCCUGUCGAAAGCGGUAGAGGAUCUGGGCCUCGAGUGGUCGGCUCCGGAAGAGCCCGCCCACGGCCUAUUGGAUGAGUGGUACCAGCCAGGAAUCCGUCAGCAGUCCUCUCGCCAACGCCCCGCCCCGUUCUUGCCUGCAGUUCAUGAGGAACUCACCAUGUCGUGGCACGCCACCUACUCGGCCCGGGCUAAUCCCUCUACAGCAGCAGCAGCUCUCACCACCACUGACGGCGCUGACGUCAAGGGGUACAGCAUGCUCCCCCCUCUGGAGGAGGCGGUUGCUGCUCAUCUGUGCCUGCCAUUUGCCCUGGGUUUGAAGGCCCAUGCAGCGUGCCCCUCUAAGCCCUGCAGGACCACCUCGGUGCUGGCCAACAGGGCUUAUGCAGCGGCCGGUCAGGCCGGAUUGGCGCUGCAUACAAUGGCGGUACUCCAGGUGUUUCAAGCUGAACUUCUCUGUAGUAUGGACGAGUCUGGCCAACAACACCAGGAGGCUUUCAAGGAGCUGCGCACAGCAACAGAUCUGGCUCUGCGCGAGAAAAAAGCAACGGCGCAGGCAAUCGGCAAGACCAUGGCCAGCUUGGUGGUGCUGGAGUGCCACCUCUGGCUGAACCUCAUUGAGAUCAGGGACGCGGAGAAGAUGGCUUUUCUGGACUCACCGGUCUCACGGAAGGGCCUCUUCGACCCUGCUGUGGACAGGUUUGCGGAGUGA